GUUCUAUAUUGUAAAUUCAAUUUUAACUUAAAUAUUUUUGUUAUAAAUAAAUUAAUGAAGCAUAUGGUGUAAAGUUAAAGACAAGAACAUUUUUAUAAAAUUAUGUGCAUUUCAUCUAUUUAAGGAUCACGGAGUUGCGCCACUAUACAAAAAUGACAUCGCCAUGCUUUUCUUUAUCAAGGUCCGCAAUGAGUGUGAUCAAGCGGUUCAUGUUGUUGCUAGAGGCAUCGAAUGCACCACUCGUAUCACCCCGUUAGACGAAGAUAGAGUGUCCAUGCAGCUGAUCGGUGGCGACAUGGGUGACGUAUAUAGAGGAGGAAUACGGAAUCUGACUUUGUUUUUUCCUAAUUUGUUUCUACAAAAUCGUGAAGGUUACUGCGUUGUUGGUAUUUAUUAUCAGUGUAAAUUUGCACCAGAGGCGAGGGCUUUAAGGGUUAAAAUCCGAUUUAAUACCACAAUAGAUGUUAACCCACCACCAUUGGUAGCAAAUUAUUUCGAUCCUAAUAAUUUCAUGUUAUGCGAUAAUCCCGAUUUGAAUCCUCUCGACUAUUGUCGCCCGUACGACUGUAUGAAGCGAUAUUGCGGCUACAGGAGUUUCUUCGACAAAAACACGGGGCGCUGCUCGAGGAUCCCGCACUGUAUCUCCACCUCCAAGGAGGAGGACUUGCCAAAUUAUGUUUAUCACCCCGAUACAAACGUUUGUGCAUCAGUCAAACCUAACCUAACGCAAGAUGAUGUGAGGGCAAUGCUUAUGGAGACACACCUUACGAUCAAUAUGACACGGACAGAUCCUUAUAUGAGUGUAGUAUGUCACCAUGGCGUAUUCAAUAACAAGAGCGGCGGCUGCGAUUGCGAUCCGGGCUACGAGGCUCUUCCAUUCGAUCGGGAGUAUGUAGGCAUGGGCGUAGGGGUCGUGCACUUGUGCACCGCUCCCAACAGGGGUUGGAAACACCUCAGUGAUGCGGAGCUGCGUACUCGGAUGGCUGCGAUAUUUGUAUCCUUUAAUAAAAUAUUGGCAAUGGGUGUCAUUUGCGCAUUGCUCAUCGUAUUGUGUACCGUCUGCAUGGAUUGUAUUAAUAGCUACGGCGAGCGUUCAUCAUGCGAUUUUUCGGUAUGCCAAGAAGAAGAAGAACUGCCUGUAGAUUGCGAAGUAGAAUGCGAAGCUGAAUGCGAACUUGUAUGUCCAACUGAACCUGCACCUGAAUGCGUACCUGAAUGCGCCGACGAAUUGUCAGUUUCGGCAGAUUCUUGUGGAGACUAUGCAACGUUUGCGAGGAGAUACACAUUAACCGAUAAUAUUUACAGAGACGGUACGCCCGAAGCGAUAAUGGCCGAUGAAACGACUCCGUUGAUUGGGGCGAUGGGGCGCGCUCCUUCGCUCGCCAUCAGCGAGUUACGUGGGGGAGCACAGCAAGACAGCUUUGAGUCGGCCGCGAUCCCGCUUCCGGGCCCGCCAACCACCACGCUUCCGGUCCCGUACCCGAUCCCGCUUCCGGGCCCGCCAACCACCACGCUUCCGGGCCCGCCAACCACCACGCUUCCGGUCCCGUACCCGAUCCCGCUUCCGGGCCCGCGCUCGAUUCCGAUCCCGCUCUCAGGCCCGAUUCCUUUGCCGGCCCUGCCCCCAAUACCUGACUCGACCCGCAAAUCGGCUCGAAGCCAAGUUCUAGCACCGUACGGCACCGAAGCCCUAGCCCCGAUCGGAAACCAAGACCAAGCCUCGAUAAGAACUCAAGACCUAACUUCGAUAGGAACCCAAGACCGAUUCUCGAUAAUAACCCUAAACCCAAGCCUAGACUCAGCUCCGAUGGAAACCCGAGCCGUAGUCCCGAUGGGAUAUCAAGCCAUAGCUCCGAUGGAAACCCGAGCCGCAGUCCCGAUUGGAAUUCAAGCCAUAGCCACGAUGAAGACCAAAGCCCUAUCCCCGAUGGGAAGCCAAUCCUUAGCUCCUAGGACCCAAACCCUAUCCACGACGCAAACCCAAACCAAAGUCAUAAAGAGGAUCAGAAACCAAGCCCAGGCGCGGAACCAAGGACAAGCCCAGUCGCGGACCCAAGAUCCAGCCCAGUCGCGGACUCAAGCUCCAUCCACGUCGCGGGCCAAAGCCCCAGCCCGUGACCCGACGCGGAGCCAAGCUCACUCUGACCCGACCUCGGCCCGAACCCCGGUCUGGCCCUCAAACCGAGUCCCGGUUCCGGACAAGAUCAUAGAACCGUCCAAGUCACUUCGAGAACCGGACGACGAAAGCGAACUAACUGAGACAUCAUCUGAUCUAUCAUCCUCAAUAUCAAGUGACGAGAGCGAUGACAAUCGGUCGCUAUUCAAAGAUAGCGCUGACGGUCCUUCUGGUUCCGAUGGCGAAGUAGAUCCUCCACCAUCUCGUGUAAAGAGAGUCUCCACCAUAGCUACUUCAACCGUCAGAUCUUCGACGCCGUCGUCCAGUGAGCAGACCUCAAGAACUGAUUAUGACAUCAUGGAUGGGUCAUGGAAUGAUAAUGAUGCGGCACCUUCCGGGUAUCUUUAUGAUGAUGGUAAUCUGAGUAGUGAUGCUGUUGAUAUCGUAUAUAGUGGUGAUGAUAGUGAUGACGAAGUGUCGUCUAUGGUGUCAGAUUCUAUUGACACUUCUUCGAAUCCGACGUCAACACCCCAUAACAGCGAUUAG